GUCUAAUAUGCAUAUCCGUCAAAAGUGAUAUUACGCACAAUCUGGAUAUUUCGAACCACGGCGGACCGGCGUUCACAUUCUCCUGGUGGUGAGCAAAAGGUUGACUGGACUCUUCUUACCUUAUGUAGAACAGCAGAGGUAAAUUAUCUUGUACUUCGGGAAGUGUUCUAAUGGAUCUGUAGUGCAAUCCAACUUUUAUAAUGAGUCCUCAGGUUGUUGGCCUUUUGCUUCUCACCUUUGCCGCCCUGGUCAAGACGACCAAUGGACAGGCACCAAUUCAAAAUAGUUUCUUUGGACAAGGGGAGAUGCUUGACCAUGAGUGCUACGAGCAACCAUACCGGACGACAUGUGUAGGUCCUAUCCCGCGCUUUUUCUACAACGCCACCACCAAGCAUUGUGAACAAAUAAACAAUGUAUGCGGGCAUGGUGGCUCCUUUAGUCUACAAGAGUGUGACAAUAGGUGCACCUGCCGACUCCGUCCUGAGGCAGGUACAAAUACGUGUCAUGGAGCAGUAGACUCGCAACGUUUCUUUUUCAACCAGAAUGCAGACAUGUGUUUGCCGUUCACAUACUAUGGCUGUGAAGGUAAUGGAAACAACUUUGGAACUUCCGUGGAGUGUACCAUGCAAUGUAAUGCUCCGCGCGAGAUAGACCAGGGUGACGUAAUGAGAAGCCUGGGCUUUACUAAUGAAAAGGCAUUCGAAGCGCAGGCUGGUUUGUUCAAUUAUGGAGCUCCUGCCCCACAUCCACCCCCACCCCCACGUCCACCCCUACCCCAACAGCCAAAAUUCAAUCCACCAGUGCCUUCUCCACAGCAUCCACCCUCUCAUCCGUCUCCACCGACUCACCCUACCCAAUCGCGACCAUUUCCACCCCCACCUCGUCACCCACCAUCACCACCAACGGGAGGCCACUUUCCCCCUACUUCUUUGUGGAACAACCAUCCUACACCGACACAUCGCCCACGGUGGCAGCCCCCACCUCCACCACCAAAUCAAAGAUCGUCUUACACACCGGAUAUGAGGUCACCUCGUCCUCCCCCGAAUAAACAACCACCAUUUGGAAACCACCCGAUGUCUAGACAAAUUAUACCACCCCCCUCCCCUCAUGGUACUAAUAACGGAAUGGGUAAAAGCAAUCGAAAUCCUAACCAAGGUUUCUUUGGUAAAACAACUUUCAGUAUGAACAAUGUUCAGGAUAAACCUAAACACUUUACAAAAAAUCCAAUUAGCCGAUCAGGACCUCGGAACAACAGAGGUGGUAUGAAUUGGAAUCGUCCUAACCAAGGUCAAGUGACUAUUCAGCCGACCCCUAUCGUGUCAAUGGCUCAGUCAACCAUGAUGCCCAUGAGAAAUAAUUGGCGUGGAAACAUCAAUCAGGGUCAUCAAGGUCCCCCAAGACACCAAGGGAACCUUGGAGGUAAUAACAUAGCACCCAAGCCAACCAAAAGUGGCCAAGGUAUAACAGCCGGUUCCUUGAAUCAACCAAAGGUCGAAAUUGUAAAAGCUACCACGACUCAGUCGAGUGUUGGACUCAACAAUCGCGGCACAACUGACUAUUAUUAUUAUGACAACACUGGGUACUCACAGGGUACCACAGCAGGUUUCUUUAACAACCUCCGGUCGAGUUGGGGAAAUAUGAGACGACGCAUGGGCAAGUGAGGCCGCCUUCUUACUGACUAUGGAAGAAGAACUUAAUUUAUCAUGACUUAUAUUUGUAUCACCUCUUAGAGGGUAACCAUGAAGGUAUCUCUUACUUUGACAGAUUGUGCAUGUAAAAUAAAACAUCUUAUAUAUACCAUAUAUUUCAUACGAUAUACGAUAUAUAUUUUUUCAAUCGUUUAGAUAUAAUCGCUAUAUAUACAUAUUAUGAAAACAUGAUAUUGGUAUCCUUGUUAAAUUCUAAAUAUUGAUAAAAUAAACGAAGACUAUUGUAGAGUAUUUUCCAUUUCUUUAAAGGCUCGUCAAAGAGGCCAUGAGCUGUAUUUGUUUAUUAUUCAUAUUUGACGCACGCGUGCUGAAGAAUGUCUGCUUAGGUCACAGGCAUUACGCUAAACAUUGUUUCCUGUCCUCCUCAAAAGAGAAAAGUUGUAAAAUGAUUAGGAUGUUGUUUUAACUGAUUAACGUAAUGUUUCGCUAUCAAUUGCUAAAAUAUCUCGUAUGAUGACAAUAGUCUGAAAUCGCUUCACAAUAAUUACAGAAAAUUGGCUCUCGCGUAUUGAAACAAUCACAUUCUAUGAAUUUAGAAAAAAAAAUGGCAAAUGUUGAUGGAAUGUUUUCAUUACAAUAAAGUAUAAGUUGGAAAGUGAUUUUGAAUGAUUUUGACAUCGUGUCCGUGUCACAUGUUUGUUCUGCUAUAUUGAUUGUGUAGUAUGUUGCGAUGCGUGUGCUUACCGAAUUUUGAAAGAAAGUCGUGUGGUGAUAUGUUUUUCAUGUUUAUAAUCAACAAUGUUUAUUCCAACAUAUUUUAUAUGAAAUUCCUAAGAAUUGUAAUAAUGAUAUAUUUAAUAGAAAAGAGUAUUUGGCUUUUAAUGUACUCGAGAAAAUACCAACGUAGUUCUGAGCUAUUUUAUUGCUUUGAAAUACGAGGUUAUUUAUUUUAUUUAAGUAGAAUUACAUAUAUUUGUAAAUCUUCUUGAUGAUAUUUUUAAUGCAGUUAUGACAAUACAAGGACAAGUCUAUAUUGGACUUUUCCGCUUUGUAGGCGAAAAAUAAAAUAAAUUGGUCUUGUU